AGAGUUGUUUAUCCGGUUGAUUCUGUCUGUAUCGUCUGUACAGGUUCGUCUAAAGAUCUGAUUGAACUGUUCAGAUUUAAAUGUCAAUGUAUCGGAUGAAUAAAAUAUAAACCGAAGCAGAAACCAUCUCAGGAGAAAUUAUACUCUAUGUAAAAGAUCUUCAAAAAGCAAAAUGCGUCUGCGAAGUGAACUCCUGUGUUUGGGGCUUUUACCGGUAAUACAUGCUAUGGGAAGCUUUUUAAUGCGGGCAUCACUUCAUCCUCCCCAUCAUAUUAAGCAACCUUCAGCACAUUCUUCUUCUGGAAUACAUCCUCCUUACUCACUAGGAAUACAUCAACCUGGAAUACAUAAACCUGGAAUACAUCAACCUGGAACACAAAAACCAGGAAUACACCAACCUGGAAUACAUCAACCUGGAAUACAUCAACCUGGAAUACAUCAACCUGGAACACAUAAACCAGGAAUACACCAACCUGGAAUACAUCAACCUGGAAUACAUAAACCUGGAAUACAUCAACCUGGAACACAUAAACCAGGAAUACACCAACCUGGAAUACAUCAACCUGGAAUACAUCAACCUGGAGAACAAAGCCAUUUUGUCCAUCCUAUUCGACCUCCAGUGCCUGGAAUCAGACAACCUGGCGAAAUUAAAAAGAUGUUUGAGGAUGGGCCUUUAUCCUUUAAUCUGGGUCCUCUACGAAUCAGGCAUAUUCCAGACAGAGAGAUCUUAAGCAAACCUCCAUUUGUAGAGCCUUCGUCAGAACCAGGACCGCUCUCUUUCAGGAUUGGACCCAUCUUUUUCAAACAAAAUAAGGAUCCUGGAUUUGAUCCUGUGACCUGCUGUACAAGAUUGGAAGCUAGAUGUGAAUUCAUGUUUGAUUGUACAGACUUCAUUUAGUGCUCUAGUAAAGAGGUCAUUCAUAAUCUUUUAAAAAAAGUCAAGUUACUGUAAAUUAUUCAUGUUAAACACAUAUUACAGUACACACUUUAUAUGAAUAGUUCAUAUUACUGUAAGUACUUCAUAUGAAGUUCAUGUUACUAUACAAACUUCAUGUGAGGUUCAUGUCAUCGUAAAUACUUCAUAAGGAGUUCAUGUUAUUAAAAGACAGGCUUCAUUUAUAGUUCAUUUUACCGUAAAUAUUGCAUUAAGAGUUUAUGUUGCUUUUAAAACCUUAUGCAAGGUUCAUGUUACUGCAAAGAAUUAUCUAGCGUUCAUGUUACUGUAAAGUGCUCAUAAAGCGUUCAUGUUACCAUAAAAAAAUUAUUUAGA